AUGUACUCACCUAACGAACAACACAGCGACUGCUUCACCUCCGCAAGCAACUCCCUCACAAAGGCGACAGCCGUAGCACUAUCAGCGGCCUUAUUUCACCCGCUAGACUCGAUACUUACCCGUCUACAAGUCCGAUAUGCCGCCCAACAGUACCGGAAGGGCGAACGAGCCCAUCCCCAGAACGGAGUGGAUGUGCUAGUUGAUUUCCUCAACUUAGCAAUCGAGGGAUUCGAGGCUAGCGAUGCUCGAAAAGUGUUAUAUUCCGGUAUGCGAGAAGCAGUGUGCAAGCAGACGGUGGAAAGUAUGCUUGUUCCGAAGGUUUAUGCGGCGUUACAUGCCCGUUUGAACGUGGUAGGCCGGGUGGGUGUAGGCAACGAACUGCUCCUAUCACUUGUGUCAAUGGCGCUGGUCAAGUUGACUACCGAACCUCUCGGUGCAAUUAUGGUAAGGAGACAGGUUAAGGGGUCUAGUUUGAGAGAUGCACUGGAUGAUGUGUUGCGUCAGAAGGGCGUUGGCGGGCUUUGGUCUGCGUACGGGGCUACCCUAGUCCUGUGCGUGAGAUCGUGUGUGUUGCCGGUGAUGUACAUGGCACUACGCAAGAGGUUGGGGAUCAAGAGAGGAGGGUGGGUGAGUAUGCUUGUCCUCAGAGUUGUUGCUGAGGCGGCUGUCUACCGGGUUGCUGUGAUGCAGUGCUGUGUGAGGGCGGGUGUGAAAGCAGCAAGGAAAGGCAGUCUAGGGCUGGAAGUCUUCAGGGCGCUGUCCAGCCAUGGAGUUACGACGAUGGCGUCCGACUUUGUCGCCAUGGUGAUGAUGCAUUUGUCUGCUGUGAUGCUGUACAUGCUUGAGCCGUUCCUGCUAUCUGAACAGGCUAUUACGGACUCGGUUCGUGAGAAUGUGGAUGAUGGAGCAAGCCAGCUGCUUCUUGACGAUGCAAAGUAUAUGAACAGAGCAGUCAAGCGGGCAAUCGACAUCGUCAACCGGGGAAUCGGCCUCGCGAGUCAUGGCAGGGACGAUGUUGCUGUUGCUCAGCUUGUGGGUGACUAUGUCGAGGAUAAACCGGGGGAAGGAUAG